AUGCGCAGAUGGCAAAAUGUAAUCAACAACACAAACUUAUCAACUUUAGCCAAGCAAUACUGCGCCCAAGAUCUCGAAUCCACGGCCUCGAAGCUUCGUGACGCGGUCACUUUCCUCCCGCUAAAGGACUUGCGUUACACGAGCUCGGCCCAGCAAGGCCACACGUGGUUCAUGAGCUCCAUGUACGAUACACACGAGGAAGGUGAAGUCCAGUACCAACAAUUCCCAUCAGAGGCAUCAAAAGGAAGACUUUUAUGCCUCAAAGGUCGAGAUACACAUGAGGGUGCAUGGAAUUCCUAUGCGCUUGCAUGGCCUGAUACUCUACCCCACAAUGCCACCCUCCUGAAAGGGGUCACCUUCGUCUCGUACAACCACUACAACUACGACAACAUUUGGCACGGCCUCUCGGCCAUGGUGCCAUUCGUAGCGUGGCAUAUCAAGAACGGUUGUGCAGCGCCGACGCGGUGGGUUUUGUACCACUGGGGUGAGCUCAGGAUGAAAAUGGGGCCCUGGUUGAGGGCUUUAAUGGAAGCUACGUUCGGCGAACCGCUUUAUAUUGAAGGGUUUACUCAUGAUCAGGAGGUAGGAGGGCCUGAUGAUCAUGGUAAUAAUGAUGACGAUGAUGAUGAAAAUCCAUUUUGUUUUGAGGAAGCGGUGGUGAUGAGACACAAUGAAGGUGGGAUGUCGAGGCAGAGGAGAAUUGAGGUGUAUGAUCUGCUGAGGUGCAAGGCUAGGAUUUACUGCAACGUGAGCAUAGAGGGGAGGAAUGCCGAGGUUGAUGAAAAGGCGGGUGUACCGGUGAUUGGAAUGACUAUGUUCAUGAGGACUGGAGCUAGAUCAUUCAGGAAUCCUUCUGCUGUUAUUGCCAUCUUUGAGAAGGAAUGCAACAAGGUUGAGGCCUGCCGAUUCAGGGUUGCUUAUUCCAAUAAUCUCACAUUCUGUGAGCAGGUGAAACUGAUGAGUUCAACAGACAUUUUAAUCUCUCCACAUGGGGCACAAUUAACGAACAUGUUCUUGAUGGAUAGAAACAGCAGCGUCUUGGAAUUCUUCCCCAAAGGAUGGCUAAAACUUGCUGGAGUAGGGCAAUACGUCUACCACUGGAUUGCUAGCUGGUCAGGGAUGAAGCACCAGGGCGCAUGGCGAGACCCUGAUGGCGAAAAAUGUCCCUAUCCCGAAGAUGACAGGCGCUGCAUGUCCAUCUUUAAGAGUGGCCUAAUCGGCCAUAACCAGACCUACUUUUCCGAAUGGGCUAGAAAUGUUCUCGACGAUGUCAAGAUGAGGAAGAUGGAGGAAUUAGCCUGCCUCAUGAAUGAAGAAAAACAGCACCAACACCAAAACUGCUAUUGUUAGUGGAUGUGCCCUUUGCAAUUAUGAAUUAACCAGCUGAACUCUUCUUUUAAUUUAGCUUAUGAUCUCAUGUACUGGUUUUAAUUCAACAAAUU